AUGGCAAGACCGUUCAUCCAUUGCGGAGUAGAUUACGCGGGUCCUUUAUCGUUAAAGGAAGGCAGAGGUCGUGGAAAAAGAUUGGUUAAAGGGUACAUAUCAUUAUUCAUUUGUUUAGCGACCAAGGCGGUCCACCUAGAAUUAGUCGGAGACUUAACUACCGACUCAUUCUUAGGAGCUGUGAAGCGGUUUGUUGCUCGGAGAGGUCACGUAACCGACUUUUAUUCAGACAAUGGCACGAAUUUCGUUGGAGCGGAUCGUGAGUUCCAAAGAGUUCUCCACUCUCAGGCUUUAAAAAAUCAAUUAAAUACUGUUACACAUAACAUUAAAUGGCAUUUUAUACCCCCUAGAGCGCCUCAUCAAGGAGGUCUUUGGGAGGCAAGCAUAAAACUCGUAAAACAAAAUUUGAAAAAGGUUGUAGGAAGCGCCAACCUCACUUUUGAGGAGAUGUAUACGGUUCUGGCGGGAAUCGAAGCGUGUGUAAAUUCCCGUCCUAUAACUCCACUGAGUAACGAUCCCAACGACUUAAACGCCCUAUCCCCUAGCCAUUUCCUAAUUGGAGAUUUAUUAGUUGCCCCAAUCGAAGCAGAUGUCACGCAAUUAAGAAUGAACACACUCUCCAGAUGGCAACUAGUGGAUCAGAUUAGGCAGCAUUACUGGCGGCGGUGGCAGCGUGAAUACUUAAAUAACCUACAACAACGAACCAAGUGGAAAUCUCCCAAAAAGGAUCUCGUCGUCGGAGACAUGGUGUUGGUAAAAGAAGAGAACCUCCCACCUCUCCAAUGGUCGUAUGGACGCGUCGUAGAAGUUCACAGUGGCAAUGACAAAAAGGUGCGCGUAGUUUCAAUUAAAACAAAAGGUGGUGUGAUAAAACGGGCAAUCAACAAAGUGUGUGUUUUGCCUAUACAGCAAUCAGAGACUGUAACUACUGUUCCACCAAAUCAACGCACAAUGUAA